AUGAAUAUAUUUCGAGGUGUCACCUAUUCGAUCCUUUUUCAGACUCUAUUGAAACAAUCGCCAACCAAAUAUGAACGAUUGAUGGCGUCCAUUGAGAGUGUUGCUUUUUUGGAGAAACGUUUGAAGCCACUGAAAGCGAUUCGUUCGUGGUUUUUGCUGGCGGAUCAAUUGGAGGAUGCAAUCAGAUCGAAGAAUUGCAAUGAAAUUUGUUCUUCAAUUCAUCGAAUUGGAUCAAUUUCUUGCGAAGGAUUUGAUGCGGAAGUUGAGGAGAAGUUAUUGGAGAGAAGAGAGGAAUUGUGGAGGGAGGCGAACGAUUCAGUAGGGCGAUUGCUUGCGGAUCUAUUGAGCGAAAUCGGUUAU